GAGGAUGGGAGCAAUGAAAGCAAAGAAAGUAGCCCAGAAUAUGACGUGUGCCCAAAGGCCCAUUGAAAGCCACAUUGUAGCAAUGUACCGCUCAUACACCAGCCUAUGUUCCCAGGUUAAUAGUCGGUCGAGCCCUAAGGGAUAAAUUAUCACCUCAUCUAUUUGCGCACGGAACAGGCCGUUGCUCCGGUAAUGGUCGUGCAAGCUAGCCAUCAGCCAAUCAUUUUACAGACUGCAAGUGUAAGCGACCAAGAAAGACAUUGUAUACGUUUGCAAAGCAAUUUAUGUUCAUUACAAUUGCUAGACGUCGAUGGACCCACUGGUAGGACGUCAUCCGCAUUUUCCACCAUCCUACCAGUCGUUACGCCCCUCUUCAGUUGAGUUCCUGGGCUGAGAAACAACGCUUCAACCCGGCACAGUGAGGAUUUUCGCAAGGUCCCUGAGCAAGAACGCAUAUUAUGAAUGCUGUAUAAAGAGGACUUGGCAUCUGACUCACUCGAAAGUGACCAUGACCGCUCGGCGCAGGGAUAGCCUGCGAAUACGACCGGCGGACAACGCAGGCUUGAGGUCCCCGAAAAAGCCUCGGCAACGAGAUUUGACAAGCAGCAGCAGCAGCAGCAACAACAGCAGCGCGGGAUACACAAGCGAAUCGAUGACUGCCCUGCCACAAUGGAUGCGCCUGUAUUUCUACGGGAUGCACGGAGUCACGUUGGACAUCGUCCUGUCAUCGGUACGCAGGUUCCUGGAUGGCAACGAUUUCAAGCUGCUGGGGUUUUCCUCACCCUACCUCUGCAUAGUGCACUCACUGACCCACUUCGUAUUGGAAAAGGUAUAUAUGCAGAAAAAGUGCUUCCAAGGACGCCCUGUUAUUUUUCACUUUAUUUUCUACCCGUCUCUCUACAUUGGCCUGCAAAUCUUAAUUGGAAACAUAUUCACAAUAACGGACAACAUCAGGGUGGUUUCAGCGACACAGCUUGUAAUUCAUUAUAUCCUCGCGUUGUACUUUACCAAUGUAUUUCAUAAAGGGUUAUUGCACCUGCAGUAUCACAGCCCCGACAAACGGAACCAGUCAAAACUGGCGGAGAAGAAGAUACAUCUUCCUGGGCUUCCCGGCAUUUUGCGAUUUCUGUUCUUUGGCAUGCACGGUUUCUUAGACGAGAUCGUCUUCACCUCGGUCUUUAACCUGUUUGAGAAGUCAGACCGGACAUUGAGCGGACACACGUCCCUGUGGUCAUUCCUGAUGUACGGCAGCUGCAGCUUCGUCGUGGAGAAACUGUACAUGCAUUUGCACUUUGCGAGAGGAUGGGACACAUGGAUGCGGCUCCCCAUCUAUAUCGUGUUCAUCUACACUUGGGAGUUCUCGUGGGGUCUUGCACUGCGCCAGUACGACGCCUGUUCGUGGGACUACUCGCACUAUCCGCUAAAUUUUAUGGGUCUGGUGACCUUGCUCUAUCUACCCGGUUGGAUAUGCCUGAGUCUUUAUCAGGACAUCCUGUCAAAUGUUCUACUGCGUGUCGUCUGUACCGAAGAGGAGAGCUUACUUGGAACAGGUGUCAAUGGGCGCCCCUCGUCCAGAAAAGCUGGUUUUAAACGAUACAUUGAAUAGGUUUACUAAACUACUAGGGUUAUACAUGCCAUCUAGUGGUGUACACACGCGGCACACUAAUGUAUUUCCUCAGAGAAAAUGAUACGUAGCUGUAUCAACAGCUUUAUUAUCAUUCUGAUCUACGUCUUAUCACUUUGUAGUAAGAAAAAUCUGAACACCACAAUAAUCUUUUAAAGAACCGGUUUCUAAGAGGUGUUUUCCGUCUGUCCAUGCACCUGUACUGUACUCUCAUCACUGUAACUAAGUGUACAAUGACAGUGGCAUUUGGAUCAUAGUUUUUUUUUAUUAAUUACUGUCCCCAGAGCUUAUGUAAGCAUGCACUCAGUAACUGCUUUUUUGCAUGACCUUUAACUUGUCUUGCAUGGCAAUCCAGUGAGUGUUGAGUAGAUAAUGGUGAUUAGACUGGUCAACCUAACAGGGAAUUAGAUUGGUGAAUUUGCUGUGAAUGCACUGUACCAACCAAUCCUUUAAGCUUUAAAUAAUUUGAGUUAAUUGAGUGCCUUUCUUAACAGUCUAAGGCAGCUGGACUCAAGAAAACACAUAACAGAACAACAUUGUGCAUCUGACCACAUCUAAAAGACUAAGAUUAGACAUCUGACGGUGUGGGAAAGGGCCAGCAAAGAGAAUAUUUCCCCAGUUAGUCUUAUCUCAAGCAGGAACUAUUUUUAUGAUGUUUACAAAGCCUAUCCCACAUACUGUAGUCUAUGCUGUAGCUUCCACAAUACUGUGCCAGGGGACAGUCCAAUGUUACAGUACAUUGUGUAUUGGCAGUUCAUUUCCUGGGAUCAAAUGAACUGGCAUAUGCCUGCCCACGACUGGACUUUGAGGCUUGUGACACAUUUAAUAUGGUGUUAAUCAGAAACUGUCACACUGCCAUACAGCGUCGAGCUAAGUCAUGGCAAUCAUAGCCAAUUCAGAAUAGUGUCUAUUUUUAGAUGGAUAGAGUAGAGUGAGUUCUUCAGACCAGUUCUAACAGAGAUAUAAUUCCGUAGAGCGUUGUAUCUAGUCUAUAGGUACGCCAAACUGGCUAGUUAGCUACAUACAGUGAUAACAGCUUUACUGGACAGGUUAGCUUGUUAGAUGCUGUUAACACAAUAUGUUGUAUACUGUAAUGCUCUGAUUAGUGUCUACUUAUACUAGGAUUCACAAAAGUCUUCCUGAGUGUCUUGCCUCUCUGUAGUGGUGGGAGUGUGCAAGUAAGGAUAAGCAUAAUGAGGGGACAGGUUCACUGAUACUGCCUGAAAUUAACUCAUUUGAUACAUUAAACAAUCCAUACAGUCAACUCACUUUCCCUGUAACAGGGAGAAAUGUGUGGAUUCUUAUUCAAAAUACCUUCCACUGUGAACUGUCAACUAGUGAUCAAGAAGAGUGGACCCACUCUUCACUCAGUGUGUAAUGAAAUGAACUCCUCUUUGAGUGAUGGCUUGUUUUUAAUCUUUCUUAUUUUUGAUAUAAAUAUACUGCAUGUUGGUAUGUUUUGUACUUUCUCGUAUCCCUCUAGAAAGUAUCAUUGACUUGUUGAAUGAAGGGUUGUACAUUGCCUGUGUAUAUUUCUCAAUGCCAUAAAUCUAUUUGACAUGAAGCUGUUCACUGUGAAGCUAUAAGAAAAGUGCAUUGGGAUAUGUUGAUUGGACCAUGGAACUGUUAUGAAAUAAUAUGAAUAAAAGAUGACAUGAUAUCACUGUAUUGAUUUGUGGCCACUUUAACAUAUAUUUUUGAUUGAGUAAGCUUUAGCAUUUACUGUGGUCCUGAAAAUCUUGUUAGAUUAGAAUUGAUAAAUAAUAAUAAUGUUCUAAAUGUUGGAAAUUCAUUACUGUGUUUGGAAGUUACAUUGCAUGAUUAAGAGAACUAGGAAGUGACUCUCUGACCUGAAAAAGGUGUAGUGAUUAAUGCUCCAUUAAAAAAACUGCUCUUGA